CAGUAAAGUUUCUCUGGACCCUCCAUGCAAACUGUCAGCUGGAGACAAACUGUGAAAACCCCGUGGCCAUUUGAGAAUUGGGGGGGCAGUUAAGGAAUCCAACUACUACAAGGUGAAAUACAUCUGGUGGUCAGCAUCCGAAUCAACGACACGUCCGCCUUGAAAUCCGAGACAACACAAGGGAAUUAUACACAGAAACGCACGAGUACCAGUCAAGCUAGCGCAUCAGUGACGUUGGGGACCUAACAACAUUGUUGCAUAUUCGUGACGACAAAAGACAGCCUCCACCCGGCUGCCCCCGGCUGCCCCCGCCUUCAAGCAUCCUCUUGAUCACUUUGCUCCCAGGACGGUGCUAACCUGGUGCAGCCAUGCAUUUGGAGGUGAAGGUCGCCCUGAACUUCAUCGUGUCCUACCUGUACAACAAGCUGCCUCGGCGUCGAGCUGACCUGUUUGGUGAGGAGCUGGAGAGGAUACUGAUGUCUCGCUUUGAGGGUCACUGGUACCCCGAAGCACCUCUUAGGGGCUCUGCCUUCCGCUGCAUUCACCUGGGAGCCCCGAGGGACCCCGUGGUGGAGUUGGCCGCCAAGAGAAGUGGACUGGACACGGAGGAAGUGUGUGCAAAUGUUCCCGCGGAGCUCAGCGUGUGGAUUGACCCGUACGAGGUAUCCUACCAGAUUGGGGAGAAAGGGUCCGUGAAGGUUCUCUACCUGGAGGACCCUCCGGGCCUCGGCUGUGACGGUGAGGGGGCCGAGGGGGUGAUCAGAGAGGGUAAAGGCGACGCCGAGGCGGAUGAGGCCAAGAGUCUGGGCUUUAACCCAGACGCUCAGGUGUUUGUGCCAAUUGGAAGCCAGGCAUCUCCUGCCCUCAUGCCGUCGCUCUCUAGCUCUCCCACACCGCUGUCGGCCCAGUCCUGCCCCGGGCUUUUCAGCUACCCGAGCUCCAGCACGCCCACCGAUCCUGCUGCCCAUUCCUCGAACACCUCUACCCCUUCCCCCCCCAGCGGCGGGCUGCCCUACCUCUCCGCCCAGCAGCCGCCCUCCGCUCUUCCCACUGCCCGUCCCCAGCCCAUCACGUUCACCACCGCCAGCUUCGCUGCCACUAAAUUCGGCUCGACCAAGAUGAAGAAGUGCAGCGGGGCCGGGUCGGCAGCGAGCUCUGGCACCGCCAUACCGCCUGCCCAGAGGAUGCUCACCCGUUCUCCUACCGCCAUCGCUGCACCGGAGCUGCUCAAGCACAAGCCCCUGUCUCUCUCCUUGCACUCCCUCGGAGGUCCCGUCGCCAGCCAGCUCUCCCCCAAUGCCAAAGAGUUUGUCUACCCAGGAUCCCCGGGCCCCCUUUACUUUGAUGCUGACACCCAGCCAAUGCAGCCGCUCGCCAGCCCAUUCCAACCCCCCCACAGUCUCAACACCCAUCCGUCCUUUGACCCAUUCUCCAGCCCUCCCCCUGCCCCGAGUGUGGGCAUCAUUGGCAGCAACGGAGGAAUCCCCUACAUGGAGAAGCCGCCAUUUGUCGAGGGUUUAGGAAGCUACAACCUGCAAUACCCUAACCAGUCCUUCCAGCCCGUUGUGCUGGCCAACUAAGCCUUCAUUUGUAACGGUUGUUGGAGGAGGAAGCGGGUUUGGACAAUGAUGCUCCAGAUCUUUUCAGUUUUUCUAAGAAAGUGUUACUAAUACAAGUUUAGAACUACAAAGAUUUAAAAUACCCCGUCCACUGAAUAAUUAUUGUGAUUGGUUUUGGUCCUCAUUACCCCCAACCCGGUCCUGUAGUCCGUUGCUGUUACUCGUCACAUUCUGAGUGUUUGCUUUGACAGGAGUGGGUAGGAGGGAAGGAGGAUAGGUGGAGAGGGGGGGUCCUUUCUACCUUGAGUCGUUGCCAAGCUCUUUAUUUUUUUUGCGUAGAAUGUCAAUGUGAGGGUCUUUUCUUUUCUUUUCCCUUGACUUGUUGAACCAGUAUAGCUCCAUUUUGCACUGCACUGUCAUGCUGUGAAAAAGGACCUUGCCAAGUCCUGUAGGGAGCGACGGCUGUGGAAAAGCUCAGCACUUUGCUCUGCAAUCUGCUCUGCCCUACUUGCAACAAAUACAGAGAUGGGGCUUUGCUGUGUGUGUGUCGUCCUGCUCUGUUUUGUUGUGGCUCAGAGUGAUGGAGAAACUCGUUGUUUGUACGGUGGGCCCGCUCCCUUUUGAAAGGCACUCAUGCGCACGCACAUUUUGACACUUGUCGUCGCAUUUAUCGGAGGCGGUUUAUCAUCAGCUUGAAUGAGAACAUGACACGAGUUUAAACAAAGUGAGAGCAGUGGAGGGAGCAGAGAGAGAGAGAGAGAGAGAGAGAGCAUCGGGGCGUUGUGGAAUGUGUUGUAUCUGUCGGGGGGCUGCAGUCGGGAAGGUCAGGAAGACCUUGGUGAAAGUGGGAAAACGAGUAAAUAUUUGUAUUGUAGGUUGGCGACGAUGCGCUUAUACCUCAAUACAGACUGGGAUGGUUGGGAAGUGAUGGUUUAAAACAUGCAUUCAAAUAGACACAUACGCACACACAUAAAUAUGCGGUCAAUUCCAGUCAGCUGCGUGCGUGCGUGCGUGCGUGCGUGCGUGCGUGCGUGCGUGCGUGCGUGCGUCAAGAUGCGUAAGGGAUGCAGCAGUUAAGCGGUAGGGAUUGUGAUAAAUGGCUUAGCAUGACUUUGACUAUGAAGGAGAGGUUUUCCGCUGCAGGAAGAUGAGGGAGAGAGCGAAGGGAAGACCGAAGAAAACGAAUGUGAGGUAGAGUGAGAGAAGAAGCUUGGGGGUUCUGUUGCCUGUGUCUACCAGGCGGUAUUGGCUCAGAGAGCGACACUUUGAAACCCAGAACACGUUUCUGGUGAGCUUAAAUUGUAUUGAAGCCAAAGGCUCACACUAUUCUCUCAUCCUCUCGGGAUUCUUCUGUGGCCGUCGAUGAUGGGGAACCAGAACCGUACGGUUCAGGUUGCUCUGCCCCCCCACCCUCCCCCAGUUAUGUGAUGCAAAAGUGAAUGUUUCUUCACUGCUCUGUCGCUUUAUCGGAUGGCUUGUCAGAUCUCUGGAAGGCCGGUGUUUCUGACAAUGGUUUGUUUACCAGCCGUGUCCACGUGAUUGUUGGUUAGUCACUGCAGGGAAGUGCAACUCUCAGAUGUCCAUUUGAGCUGUCCAGCACUUUAUUACUGGGCUCCCCGAGGCGGCGUGUCGCCCACGGACACGUGCGUGCACGCUUACACGGUUCCUUUUGCCCUCUGUUUGGAAAUGGAGCAUUUUAUUCAGCGAUCAUGAAACGCUUUAGAGAUUGAAACGGGAGCUUAAUUUGUAUUUCAAGUGCAUCACGCUGGUGAAGAGGUGUAGUGAGUCUUGUCGGUUUACUUGAAUGUUUUCAAGUCGCUGUUUUUGUAUACGAUGACCCAUGGACCCUUGAAUUGUGCUCACGCUGGUUUUGCAAUGUGACAGCUUGUCAUAUGCAUGAAAGUUUGUAUUCUUUUUUUUUCAAGGGGGAAUGGGUGGAGAGGUACACCUUGUGAGGGGAAAGAUUUAUAGUUUUAUGUUUUGUAAUUUAUUUCCAAUAUUUCUAUAUUUUUGUUUUUGCAAAAGUGAUGACUUAACAUUUGUAUGAGUAAGACGUGACAAGUCCAGGAAUAUGUAUAUACAAAGUUCUUAUGUUCGGAUUCUUUGUUUAGUUUCUUACAUGCGGAGGUUAUUUUUCCAGAAAAUAACGUGAAUAUAUGCAAACUGAGACAAAAAUAAAGAUGUACAGAAUAAAGUAUUGAAUGUG